AUGUCAGACCCAGCUCAAUCCUCUGGCCAAACCUCCAAAGGGAAUCGGAUCGUAGACUCCGUGAGAAACAAUGCCCAGGAUGUCAUAAAGGAGGACUAUACCAAGGCUAAGACACUCGCCUUCGAAGCUGCCAAGAGCAGGGCCUGGCUCUACCCACUCAAGGGAAUCGUCUAUUUCGUUACCCAUCGCUCGUUAUGGAAACCAUUUGUUUCACGAUUACCCCAGUAUUUCGCCCUCUAUGGUAGCGUCCUAGCUGGCAUGUUCACCUUUUCCUAUCUCCCCCAGCUCGCCGUCCUUGUAUUCGUGAACGGUCCUAUCGCAGUGGUCAGCACCGUCCUUCUGGUCCUCAACGAAAGUACUGCAAUUGUCAACGGAAUUUCUCGCAACUUUCUUCUGGAAGAUGCCAUUCUCGACACCUUCGACGGCACAUUGCUCUCUCGAAACAAGGGGGAGAUUGUGAAGGAAGGGAGAGAGAUCAAAUCCGGCAGUGAUCCGAUUCAGAAACUCGGAAAGGCAUUGAAGAAACCAUUCGAGAGAUUCGGUCCCAAGGCAAUCAUUCGAUAUUUCAUGUAUCUGCCCCUCAACUUCAUCCCAAUUGUUGGUACCGUUCUCUUCAUCUUUCUUCAAUCGAAAGGGAGGGGCCAUCAAGUUCACAACCGGUACUUUCAACUAAAGAAGUGGUCUCCUUCGCAGAGGUCCCAGUGGCUAGGAAAGCAUGUUGGGCCAUACACUAGUUUCGGCUUGGUUGCCACACUAUUGGAAAUGAUCCCUGUGGCGUCCAUGUUCUUCACAUUCACCAACACCGUUGGUGCUGCCUUAUGGGCCGCUGACAUCGAAGCGAUGAACACUUCUAUGACCGAUGACACCGCACCGACUAUCCAAGGAUCGGCAAAUAAGUCUUCAUGA